AAAAUGAUAGAGUUUACAACAAUUACAAGCGUUUAAAUGACAGAGAAGAAUAAAAUCCUCCCAAAUUGAUUUUAUAGAAAUUCCUUUUCUGUAUCUGCUUAAUUUGAAUAUCUCAAGAUGUCAAGACAAGCCAGUCGAGCAAGUGAUCCUAGGAAAGUGAAUGGUGAAUUAUUCACGCUCACUUACGGUGCCCUAGUUGCACAGUUGUUAAGAGACUUUGAAGAUGAUGAAGAAGUUAACAAACAGCUAGAGAAAAUGGGAUAUAAUAUUGGUGUGAGGCUGAUAGAGGACUUUUUAGCUAGAUCUAACUCUGGGAGAUGUAAUGAUUUCCGGGAGACGGCAGAUGUUAUUUCAAAGAUGGCUUUUAAGAUGUACUUAGGUAUAACACCUGUUGUGAGUAACUGGAGCGCAGCUGGUGACGAAUUCUCUCUUCUCAUAGAAAAUAAUCCAUUGAUUGAUUUUGUAGAGCUUCCUGAUGGUCAUAAUGCAUUAAACUAUUCUAAUUUACUGUGUGGUGUAUUAAAAGGUGCACUUGAAAUGGUCCAAAUGGAAGUAGAUGUCAAAUUUGUACAGGACCAAUUGAAGGGCGAUAGUGUCACAGAACUAAGACUGAAAUUUGUGAAAAGACUAGAAGAUGCCGUACCAGUGGGAGAAGACUAGUUUUAAUAUUCAGCUAAUCAGUGCGGUGUUUAAAUGAUGUUUUAUAUUGUGUGUAUGUUUAAUCAUUGAUAUUUGUAUAUGAAGAUGAAUUUUUGACAAGGAAGGAAGAGUGGUUGCUGAUUAAUGGGAUCAACAUUAAUUCAUAACAACUUCUUCACUGACCAUAUUUACAUGUACUUUGUAAACUUUAUUUGUUAACAAAUGAAAAGUAAUUUUUUGUAGGUAUUCGGUAUUGUAAACAGUAUUUUCUUAUCUAUUAUCUGUCUGUCUGUCUGUUUGUCUUAAAGAUUUCACUUAUAGAAGCAAGUCUCUGCUAAUUAUUUUCACUGUUUUCAUGUUUCUUUAUAGUUUAUAUUAUAUUCUGAUACAAGUCUAAACUUUAUGAAAUACAUAUAUAGAUAAUAAUGAAGCAUAUAACACAAAAUACAUUGUAUUUAAUACUGACAAGGAAGGUUUCAAACUUGGUGUACCUGUUCAUGAUUAAAUUUUUUAUUAUCAAAGUUGGAAUGUAUUUAAAAGUAAUUCAUUUUUGCUCAGUCAUGCCUAUUUUCUUGCUUAAAAAUUUCUUGGUCACUAUUUUUGUUAAGGUACAUUUCUUAACAGUUAUCUUAGAUAUCCACUUCAAACUUAAGACACUUGUUCACUUUCAAAGUAUUUUAGUUCUUUUUAUAUUGAGAAUGAUUUCCUAAUUUUUAAGAAACUGUUCGAGAUAUUCAUUUCAAACUUGUUAAUUGUCAAAGGCAGGUGAAUCUGUCGCACACUUUUGCAGCAUUACGUCCCUUUUUCUACUUUUCUUUCAACUAUCCAGCUCUGCGAAAAAUUGAGUGAAUUGACCUCAGGUAGUAUAUUAUUCAUAAGUAUAGAUAAUAUCAGCUUGGAAACUUUGAAUACAUAUGCUUUAACACAACCAUCAACUAAGUGUAUUGGCAAAAGUAACUCUGUCGGGAGGUUUUUCUGAAUCAUGCAUAUUUAAAAAAAAAAAGGGUUUUUAUUCAACUUUCAGAGCAUGACAAGCUCUUGUUACUUCUGAUUUGAGUACAUUUUGUACAUGAACGUGUUAUUUUCACUUGUUCUGAGUAUCUCUUUUAUUUGUAUUCAAAUAAGACAUUUAUAUUCAUUCAGCAAUUUUUAUUUGUCAUAACAUAUACCCUGUUGGUAGCAAAAGUGAUAAGCACUGUCAGGCCAGCCUGUGCAUCCAUGAUGUCUGACAAGGCUCUAUAUUGUUGGUAGCUUGAUGUUGGUAUUUUGAUAUUAAAACCCAUUCACUUUUAUUGGAUUGUUCCAAAUUCAUGGUUAGGUAAAUCCAUUACACGGAUUCAGUAUGUUAAGGAUUAACACCAAUUUUUUCAGUAUAGUUAAGUGAAAUAUAUGUAAUUCACUAGUAGUUCAUGGACAAUGAAACAUUCCAUAUUAGCUAUGUUCAAUAUUGGGGGAAUGUAUUAAACAAACAUGUUUCUAAAAUGAUAGAAUUGUGCAUUGAAUUUCUUUCUGCAUUUGUUUUUCACAACAUUUGUCCAUUUCUUAAUGAUAUACAUCUGGGACAAUAGAUAAAGUUAUCUUUUGUACCAGUAUACAUGUAGUAAUAUUGUAGUCUGUUGUUAUGAUUGACAUUAUACUGAAUGAGUAAAUGAGCCGUGUCAUGACAAAACCAACAUAGUGCGUUUGCGACCAGCAUGGAUCCAGAUCAGCCUGCGCAUCCGCGCAGUCUGAUCAGGAUCCAUGCUGUUCGCUACCAGUUUCUUUAAUUGUUAUAGGGUCUGUAAGCGAACAGCAUGGAUCCUGAUCAGACUGCGCGGAUGCGCAGGCUGGUCUGGAUCCAUGCUGGUCGCAAAGCCAUUAUGUUGGUUUUGUCAUGACACGGCUCAAAUGAUCUAAACCCAAGUGUCCAGUUGUCUGUUUUUAACAAAUGUUUAAACAAGUAACUUUGCACAAGUACUUUGAAUUUCACUUUUAGAUAAAAUGUAGAAUUGUUGUAUUACUGUUAAUUACAAUCAUGAAUUAGCAAAUGAUUCUCUCGUUUGUCAUUAUCUUUGUUUUACAAAAAUAAAUAGGUAUUUCAAACCUCGAUUAGUUAAAGAUAUGUUUCCAUCUUGUUAAAUGGGAUAUGUGAUGAAGAUAUUAUAUUAUAAGGUUUCAAAUGUAAUUACAGAUGAAGUUUUGUCCUCUUCAAUCACUUACUUUGAUUUUUUUAAAUGUGUAUUUGCUAAUACUUCCGCUGUUCAGGAGUGCAUUUUUUGACAGAUUAUUAUUUAUGGUUAUAUUAAUUUGUUAUGUGCAAUAUGUGAAUAAAUGAAACUAAAAUAAA